AAGCAUGUAAUUGUGCUCUGAAACUCACUUCUUCGAUCGUCUCAUUACUCACUAUUCAUGAAAAAUCGAGAUUUUCCAUGAUUUUUUUGUCUAUUUAUUUUCAUGGUACCAAAAUUCAUUGAUCUCUUCUCAGUGAGCUGAUUUCAUGUGAUUUCGUGCUUUUUAAAUGGCUUCAUCAUCUGGCCUUUUCGGUUCUCUUCUCUGCUUCGCGCUGGUGCUCAACCUCUGCAACUGCAAAACCUUAAAAAGGGAUGUGAAAGCAUUGAAUGAAAUCAAGGCAUCUCUUGGCUGGAGGGUUGUGUAUGCAUGGGUUGGAGAUGAUCCUUGUGGAGAUGGUGACUUGCCACCAUGGUCUGGUGUGACAUGCUCUAGUCAAGGUGACUAUAGGGUCGUGACAGAAUUGGAAGUUUAUGCAGUUUCCAUAGUUGGCCCUUUCCCUAUUGCUGUGACGAACCUUCUGGAUUUGACUAGACUGGAUUUCCAUAACAACAAGUUGACGGGGCCAAUCCCUCCACAAAUUGGAAGACUUAAGCGCCUCAAAAUAUUAAACUUGAGGUGGAACAAGCUACAAGAUGUGAUUCCUCCAGAAAUUGGUGAACUUAAGCAGCUAACUAGUCUAUACCUGAGCUUCAACAAUUUGAAAGGAGAAAUCCCAAAGGACCUGGCCAACCUUCCUGAGCUUCGUUACCUUUAUCUUCAUGAGAAUCGCCUGAUUGGACGUAUUCCUCCAGAAUUAGGAAACCUCCCAAAUCUUCGCCACCUAGAUGUUGGCAAUAACCAUUUGGUGGGAACUAUAAGGGAGCUUAUUCGAGUAGAAGGCGGCUUUCCCAAAUUGCGUAACCUGUACCUCAAUAACAAUUAUUUGACUGGCGGCAUACCCACCCAGCUUGCAAACUUAACUAAUUUGGAGAUUUUGUAUCUUUCAAACAAUAAGAUGUCUGGACCAAUCCCAGCAGGGCUUGCUUCUAUUCCUCGAUUAACUUACUUGUACUUGGAUCAUAAUUUAUUCACUGGAAGGAUCCCCGAUGCCUUCUACAAGCACCCAUUCUUGAAAGAAAUGUACAUUGAAGGGAACCAGUUCAAGCCAGGUGCGAACCCAAUUGGUGUCCACAAAGUCCUUGAGGUAUCAGACUCUGAGUUCCUCUUCUAAUUUUCUCCAAUUCUUUUAUUUGUUUAGUGUUCUAGUCUCUAUAGAUCAAACUUAAAAAUAAUUUUGUCCAAUGCUAAACUGCAUUUGCCUAAAGGUGGCUUCCUCUCUCUCUCUAAACUGGAUUUGCCAAAAGUUGGCUUCCUCUCUCUCUCUGAACUGGAUUGUUAAAGUUGGCUUCCUCUCUCUCUCUCUCUCUCAAUUCCUAGCUGUCUGUGAUAUUGGUUGAACUCAUAUUCUUCAAAAUGAAUUAACACGUUGCCCUAUGAUGUAUGUAGACAAAGAGGAGUCACGUUAUUAUAAUUAUAAUUAAAUGC